AUGCGGAAGUUCUCCCUGUCAGAUACGCAAGGUGUCUCUCGUCGCACUGCACAAAUAGGAGAGAAAUGCUUCUCCCCAUCUCGCCAGCUUUAUUGGGAUUCUAAACGAGUCCCUUCUCGUCCAGUACUGCAUCUUUUACACCUGUCAGACUUUGGCCCUCAUUGUGUAAUCAGAGGCACAACGCUCGCUGCGCUGCUCUACGGACGCUGGAGAAGUCUGUCAUUGAUAUUGGGGCAGUCAACUGGGGCCAGAGUGCUGGCCUCACACCAGAUUUGGUAUUCCCCCGCCUCCCUUCUUUUUGUCACAGCUAAUUUUCGUUUCUCAGUUUGUGGCGUAAAGAUUGAUAAGACAAAGAUGGGAGGGACAAUGCGUCUGGGCAAGCGCCCUACUAUCUUCCAGCCUGGUACGGAGUGGUCCCGUCUCCGCAAGCUAUAUGGCGAGAAAAAAGAUAUCUGGGAACGACACAGACAUCGCUACGAGGUCAACCCCAAGAUGGUUGAAACCCCGGAAAAGGCCGGGUUGACCUUUAUCAGGAAGGAUGAAAAGGGCGAGCGUAUGGAGAUCAUCGAGCUGAAGGAUCAUAAGUGGUAUGUUGGUGUAUGUACAGUUCCAUCCUGA